AAAAAUCUUAAAAAAAUAUUUUUAUGAUUGAAACAGCUCAACAAUAUUUAGUGAGCAGCAUUCCGAAGCCAGAAUGGAGGACUCAAGUAUGGUGUAAGUCAACCUUAAGUUACCCUGUUAAUCCACAUUUAUCCAUUGAGUCUAUUACGGAUAUGCUUCUUAAAGCUCCGGGUGUUGUGCAAAAGGUUCCUUUUGUUUGGAAUUUUAUUGAUAAACCUGUAGACGGUCAAAUUUUCUUAGUAUGGCUUUCUCCAGAAUCAAGUAUGCAUCCGCCUCCAGAUGGAUUUCAAUAUAUGGAUUCAGAAAAUUGUUAUCGUAUUGAUAUUGGGGGAAAUACAGUAGAAAUUUUUGAACAUAAAUAUGGGUUUUAUCCAAUGACAGAGUCUCAUACAUCGCGUAUUAGAAGGAGAUUUAGACUUGUCAAGGGGGGGAAUGAUCAAUUAUGGCUUAUUUAUUAUUUAAGAUCUAGCGAAAAUGAUCGUUUGGUUGUGAAUAGUCAUACAGCUACUCCUCAGCCUUCACGCACCUAUCCUCUUCCUUUUAUUCAAAAUAAGCCGUUUUUAUUAUAUGAAAGUACUACGCCGCAACCAUCUCGAUCUUAUAACUCUGUCACAUCUAAUGUUCCAACAAGGCCUAUGAUGUAUUAUAAUAAUUUAACAUCUGUUCAAGGAAAUCAGAAUUUUCAAAAACAUCAAUAUACUAAUCAAUCUGGAGGAACACAUUCUACUGCUACAUAUAAUACGCAACCAAAUAUUCCUUUAUUUUAUGAUUUAAAAAAAAAGACAAAAACAAAUUCAUCAGCUUCUACGGAUCAUGGAUCAUCAAAUUUUCAAAAUCCUUUAUUACAUCAUUCAAAGGCAAUAUCAGAAGAGGAGGAACCACAAGGGGAUGAAUUGGAUUUCUUAACACCUCGCGAUAUAUCUAUAGCACGUUACAUGAGACACCAUGAUUGGAUGGAGGAAAUAUUUAACAAUACUUUUAAAAUAAGUAAUAUUUUAUCAUCUCCACUUUUUCCUAAGUCAGAAGAUUAUACAAUUGAAGCUUUAAAAGAAAAAUUAUCUAAUAAUGAAAUACAAACCAUGAAAGAUUUGCAUGAAAAAAAAAUUAAUGAAAUAAAAUUUUCAAAUGAAGCUAUUUGGCUUAAAAAUGCGAUUAAUGAUUUAAAUAAUGCGCAAAAUAUGGAAGAAAUUGCAUCCGUAACAAAAGCCGUUGAAGAAAAGUUAAGAAAAAGUGUACAAAAAGUAUCAGUAAAGGAAAUAUAUAUUAAAGAAACAAACAAGGAAUUAGAAAAUUCAGAAGUUUUUAAAAUAUAGAAAUUGGGAUCACAUUCAUACAAAUAUUACAGAUUUUAAAAUUAUAUAAUAGUACGUGCUUGACGGGAUAGCUUUGCUACAUCCAUUUCUACAUUUAUCAUUGAUUACAUAUAUUACUACAACAUUUAUUCCUACCUAACUCCGAAAAUCGCUCAUUUGCUUCUAGUUGUGCCAAGUUUAGGCUUUCAAACAUUUUUUUUGUAUCUGCCUGAACACUUUCAAGUUCACUUUUCGUUAUAACACUAUCUUGUAUUUUUUUCACAUCUUUUUCUAUCUUUUCUACUUGUUUUACGCCUUUAAUAAUAGAAUCUGUCACAUGCUGCAGUUCUUCUAUAGACAAAAGAAGUGUAUUUGAUGCAUAUUGAUAUUCACUUAUUAAAUAAUAAUAUCCU